CUCUCCCACUCUAAGUUCUAACACUCUGGACAAUCAACCUCCACUCAUCUCUCUCGUUGAACUCCAUGAAAAUCAGCAGCCAAUUUUAAGCUCAAAAAUCCUAACUUUUCUCUCUCCUCUGUAAAUUCAAUGGCGUCGUUGUCUCUCUCCUUGAUGUCUCAUUCUCUUCUCGAGCUUACUUCUCUUAACCAACAUAAAGUUCGCAGACUUCGAUUUUCGUCUAAGAUUAGCACUUUUCAAAACCCUAAAUCCUCGCAAUUUCUUAAAAUUCGAGCUGUUAGGGAAAAUACGCUUCCGGCGGCUGAAGAGAGAGAAAUUCCGGUGAUCAAUGGAGUGGAGAGCCUGAAACUGAACGGAAAUGGAAAUGGCUCCGUUGAGUCCUAUUUGAAUGGUAAUGGCGGAGUGAAAGGGAGUCAGAAUGGUGCUACAACGAGUAAUGGAAGCUUUUAUAAGUAUGUUGAUGGUGAUCGUGUGGCUGGUAAAGUUUCUGACGUAGUGAUGGAGAAGAAGACAGUAGAGGAUAUUGGACAAGAGGAAGCUUGGUUCAAGCAAGGCGGUCGCGGUAAAUUAGAGGUUUCUGUUGCACCUGGAGGCCGGUGGAGCAGGUUUAAAACAUAUUCAACAAUACAAAGGACAUUGGAAAUUUGGGGUUUUGUUCUGACAUUUGUUUUUAGAGUUUGGCUGAGCAACCAGAAGUUUUCCUAUAAAGGAGGUAUGACCGAAGAGAAGAAGAGGUUGAGGCGGAUGACUCUUGCAAAAUGGUUGAAGGAAAAUAUCCUGAGGCUUGGUCCAACAUUUAUAAAAAUUGGGCAGCAAUUCUCCACAAGAGUAGAUAUACUUGCUCAAGAAUAUGUUGACCAGCUUUCAGAACUUCAGGACCAAGUUCCUCCUUUUCCAUCAGAGACAGCUGUAUCUAUUGUUGAAGAGGAGCUUGGAGCUCCCAUAAGUAAUACCUUCGAGCGUUUUGAUUAUGAGCCCAUAGCAGCGGCAAGUCUUGGUCAGGUCCAUCGCGCCAGAGUUAAAGGACAAGAUGUAGUUAUUAAAGUGCAGAGGCCUGGGCUCAAGGAUCUCUUUGAUAUUGAUCUUAAAAAUCUGAGGGUAAUAGCAGAAUAUCUUCAGAAAAUUGACCCAAAGUCUGACGGUGCAAAGAGGGAUUGGGUGGCAAUUUAUGAUGAAUGUGCUAGUGUGUUGUACCAGGAAAUUGACUACACCAAGGAAGCAGCUAAUGCUGAACUGUUUGCUAGCAAUUUCAAAAACAUGGAUUAUGUUAAAGUUCCUUCAAUCUUUUGGGAAUACACUACUCCACAGGUCUUGACCAUGGAGUAUGUCCCAGGGAUUAAAAUAAAUAGAAUUCAAGCAUUAGAUGAGUUGGGAGUUGAUCGCAAAAGGUUAGGUCGAUAUGCUGUUGAGUCUUAUCUGGAACAAAUACUUUCUCAUGGUUUUUUCCAUGCUGAUCCACACCCUGGAAAUAUUGCUGUUGAUGAUGUGAAUGGUGGAAGACUGAUAUUUUAUGACUUUGGAAUGAUGGGAAGUAUCAGUUCAAACAUUAGAGAGGGUUUGCUCGAGGCAUUUUAUGGAAUCUAUGAGAAGGACCCAGAUAAGGUCCUACAAUCUAUGGUUCAAAUGGGUGUUUUAGUACCUACUGGAGAUAUGACUGCUGUGAGACGAACUGCAAAAUUCUUCCUUAAUAGUUUUGAGGAACGUCUGGCAGCACAAAAGAAAGAGAAGGAAAUAGCAGCAGCAGAACUUGGAUUCAAAAAGCCAUUAAGCAAGGAGGAGAAAAUUCAAAAGAAAAAGCAAAGGCUAGCUGCAAUUGGGGAAGAUUUAUUGGCAAUUGCUGCAGACCAACCUUUCAGAUUUCCUGCUACAUUUACGUUUGUUGUUAGAGCAUUCUCUGUUUUAGAUGGCAUUGGGAAGGGGCUUGACCCUCGGUUUGAUAUUACUGAAAUUGCAAAACCUUAUGCUCUAGAACUGCUUAAAUUUCGCGAAGCUGGUGUUGAAGUUCUUGUAAAGGAUUUCCGGAAGAGAUGGGACCGGCAAUCCCAGGCAUUCUACAAUCUGUUUAGACAGGCAGAUAGAGUUGAAAAGCUGGCCAAUAUCAUUGAACGACUGGAAAAAGGAGACCUGAAGCUUCGAGUUCGAGCUCUGGAGUCUGAGAGAGCCUUCCAGCGUGUAGCAGCUGUCCAGAAGACAAUAGGAAAUGCUGUAGUUGCUGGAACCUUGGUCAAUCUAGCCACACUGUUGCAACUCCACUCGAUUCGAGUGCCUGCUGUUGCUGCUUAUGCUGUCUGUGCACUUUUCGGCCUUCAAGCUUUAUUUGGUGUUCUUAAGGUCAAAAAGCUGGACCAAAGAGAGAGAUUAGUUACCGGAACUGCUUGAA